CAAACGGGGCCCCCUUUGACAGACAGCUGACACAUUGCACGCACACACCGAUACGCCUGUACGCCUUUGCUGUGGAAGCGGACGCACCGCCGCCAUUUUGUACUUUUCCCUGCAGUCGAUGCUGCAUUUUUGCCGCGUUCGUGCAAGGCAACGCGUUGUCAGUGCUGACAGUUCCGAAGUGGCGAUCGGUUGGCUUUGUUGUGUGUUUCUCCGUCAUAUUCGUGCCCCCUAGCAGACACGCACACACAUACACAUACGCUCUUCACGCAUUCUCCACUGUCCAUCGAAUAUUUGACAGCUAAAUAACACACAAAAACGAGAAUAUUUGGAAACAUUCCACUUCGCGCUAGAGCGGACUAAUCCAAUCCCAAGCGACGAGCCAGCCACGGCUUGAUAAUGUUGCUGCGAUUGAUGGUAGCAAAAGGUUGAUGUGGCAGUGGCAGCUAGGGCCGGUUGGCCAGCAGUGAGAGCAAUUCGUGGUCCCAGUGGAAAAGCGGGGUGCCACAUUCAUAGCAAACCGUGCGUGUGUGGGGUGUUUCAAACGAAAAACGGUGGUUGGAGUUUCAUUUUUGCUCUCUCCUCCCGCAGCGGCUAUCCCCUUCCGUAUUUUGUGUUCGUGCCACAGCAAGAGCGACUGUAGGGAGUGGAUCGAAAAACGCAAGCAGUGACCAAACACAUAUCUCGGAAGUGUGGUGCAGAAGAUAAAACGCCACCCCGAAAACUUCGUCGAAGCGACUAGAAGUGUGAAGCGCAGCGGCAGCGACGCACCACGGGAAACCCACGAGAGAGAGGACAGCAGCCAGCAAAAGGACACACGGCUGUCGUGCGGUUGGUGGCACAGUGUGGUGUGUGUGUGUAUGCCUUUCCGAAGGCAUUAGAGUGCAGUGAAAGGGCUACGGGCACCGACGGCGUGCGUGUGAUUUCUCGCUGACACCCCCCGGAUACGCAAACGGCCUCAAAAUUGAGGAAAUAGAGGAAAUCGUGGAGACAGAGGUUAUCCUCUCUCCAGAUGAGAUGCACCAUGAGGAGUUCGAGAUCACGAUGGUCCCGAUGGAAUCGACAACCGUGCUGACCACGGGCGGCACGGGCACACUGAAGCGGGACGUGCGCGACAUGGUGCGGGAGGCCAACUUUCAGACCAAGCUGCUGAUGCAGGAAAACGAAGCCCAAGACUACCAUUUCCAGCAUGCGUCGAGCGCGGACGAUACGGAGGGCUCGGACCAGGAGCACACGCUGGGCGACAUUACGUACAAGAGCGAGGCGGACGGUAAUGAUACGAUGAACUCCAGCAACCAAAGCUCGAGCCGCAAGCGGCGCGGCAACCUGCCAAAGCAGUCGGUAAAGAUCCUGAAGCGAUGGCUGUACGAGCACCGGUUCAACGCGUACCCGACCGAUGCGGAGAAGCUGACGCUGUCGCAGGAAGCCAAUCUGACCGUGCUGCAGGUGUGCAAUUGGUUCAUCAACGCGCGGAGACGCAUCCUGCCGGAGAUGAUUCGCCGGGACGGGCACGACCCGAUGCACUACACCAUCUCGCGGCGGGGAAAAAAGCUGAGCGGCCAGAUGGUCGGGCUCGACGGGAUGAAUCCGCUCGCGAUGAGCCCCGCCUCGGAGGUCAUUGUCGGCGCGACGGAGGAGAUCAUCGAGGAGGAGGAGGUGAUCGAGGACGGUGUGCCACAGAUCAUCACCAGCCACGGGCAGCAGUACGUGCAGACACCGUCCGGGCUGGUGAAGGUGGAGGAAGAUGUGGACUUUGAAGAUCACAUCAUCUAUCGCUCGGAUGACAGCAACAUUGAGUAUGAGUACGCGCAAAGCGAAGAGGAGAUUCCAGUCACGGAACAGGGCGAAUGGGACGGUAUGAUUCGCUACGCGAAUGAAAAGGAUGAUGAAAUUCCGGAAGAAAUCACGGAAGAGGAAGUUAUCGCAUCGGAUGGAGGAGAGAAUGAGUUUUUUACCACGACGACACACACCAAUCUCGCGAAUAUACCCUUACAGCAGUCGUCGACUAACGUUUCAGGAGGUGUACAGCGAGUAAUUAUCGGCCAGUCGAAUGCCGGCAGUAACGCGAUCAGCACGUCACAGGGCGGCAGUACCACGCUCGGUACGCUGAAGCUCGGUGGCAACCUGACGGCCGUCCCGCUGCAGGGCGGCCUGAAGGUCGGCCCGAAAAAGCUGACCGUCGUGACGAGCAGCGGCAAGACGGCGACCGUGACCGCGACAUCGCUCGGCGACUCGAACACCAAAACGAUAACGCUCGUGCAGAGCGGCAGCAACAACAACAAUGCUGGAAACGCGAACAACAACAAUAACAACAACUCCCAGAACACCAACGCGCACACCACGACGGCGGUGAAGGUAAAAGGUGUAAUCCGUGACGAUAAGGAUCAAUUCAAGUGUUUAUACUUGUUGGUGGAAACUGCGGUUGCCGUACGCCAGCGGGAAAAGGAACAGGACGAUGUGCACGUGCUGGGGAAUUAGAGAGAGAGCGAGAGCGAGAGAGUCCUACCGAGAAACGAUUGUUUGAGCUGUGGUGAACCACAACAGGCGCAGAAACCAGCCACCACCGGACUACGUACGCGAAAGAGGAACCAGCACAAUACAGCAUUUUGUGGCGCGUUUUUUCCUUGCAGUUCAUUGGAUGGCGAUGUGGAUGGCGGCGUGUGGUUUUUCGUUCUGUUUUGCUGUAAUCAACAUCCGGUAGAUGGUGGUUGUUCCUUCCCCUCUCCCAUAUCCCGAUUCUUUCUCCCUUUCGGUGUGCAAACUCCGUUGCGCACAGAAGUAGCAGCAGCCAUGUGGUGUUUUACGUUGUGGUUAUUGGGAGGAUGGGCUUGCAGUGCUGGUCUGGUGAGAAGGGGCCACCAGCUUUUCGUGGUAGAGUCAUCAAAUGUCGAAGCAAACAUGAAGCAAACUCUUAUUUGACGUUAGCAGCAGCAGAGAAUGUGUGUAUAUAUGGAUAUAUCUGUAUGCCUCCCCUCCCCUUUGUGUAAUGUGUGAGUAAGCGAACGAGAGGCCGGAAUGUAGAAGAAAACAUUCAUUUUAGUUGAAAGUAUCGUACAUCUGAAGGCGCUUACGCAGUUAUGUUUAAACUAUGGAGAGAGAGAGGAAAGAGCGAAAGAGUGAGGCAGAACUCUGUUGUGUGGGUUAGUUUAUUUAGUGUAAACGAGAACACCGUACCUUGAGCUUUGGUAAAGUCACUGCUACCAAUUGGUCGUUAAAAUAGUUACGUUAGGCUAUAUUUUCUUCUUCUUUUUUAGCGACCGCCAACGCAUUCAAAGAGAGUUGCACACUGUAUCGAGUAAGCACACCGAUAUAAAAAAGCACACACAAACACACACACUUAUACUUUUAUCAAAUCAAUAGUUCUUUUCAACGGGAUAUAUGACAACAGGACGAGCGAAAGGAUAAGAGCCUUGGAAGCAUGAACGAUAGCGUACAGGUUUUCGAUCCCAGCGAUCGAGACACAAGAACACGAACAAAACGGUUUGCUUCCGAGCAAAUGGGAUUUGCUUAAACAUCGCUCAUCCCUCAAAACAUACACACACACACUCGAUGAUAACAUUUUGCUAGUGAUAUACAGUUGUUUAUGGAAAGGCGCUUGCACACACACAUACAGUCACCACGAUUGUAAUUACGUUGAGAUUCUGUCGAGAUCUUUUGCAAAAGUGUUGUUAAUUACCUUGACAUACAGAGAGAAUAUGAUUGACACAGAAGGGUUUCAGUUGGUCAACAUCAAUUGUCAACCAGGUGUACUUGUCAAUCUGUUGAUAUCUGUUCUGAUGUAUAGCGGAUAGAAUUAUCCCCACCUCAGCGGUGGUACGUACCAUUCGUUUGUACGUGCGUGAAGCGUGUUUUCUAUUGCUUUAAGCGUAUCUAACAGAUGCAUUCUCUGGUGCGCGCUCCCCGUUCCGUGUUAUAUAUUUACGCAAACACCCAGUUUUACUCUUUUUAUACAACCUCCCGGAUCGCCAGUAAGACUGAAGAGGCAAUUUAUAAAUUCACUAUGUUUUCUUUUCUUUUUACAUUAAUCCCCCACUUCAUCUCCCAAACACGAAAGCGUUAUAUUGUACAUAACGGUGGCAGUGGGUGAAAUGCUUUUUUUCUCAUUUGCAAUCUAUCUAUUACAUUCUUUCAAUUCUAAAUUGCAAAAAAAAAAAAAGAUAAACAACCUGCCUCUUCCUGCCAUGUUAAGAAAUUACUGUGGGGAACGGUGGUAGAGGCUUACUUUCAUUGGAGUCCCUUUUCCUAUAUUCAAUUUUAUCUGUUUCGGUUUUUAUUUUUGGAAUUGGAAAAUGUACUAGCUUUUAUCAGCGCGAGCAAUUGUUUUAGUGUGCGCAAGUGUGUGUGUGUGUGUGUGUUUUCGGCACAACUCAGAAAAGGGAAGAAAAAUGUACGUAACUUAUACCGUCGCACAAAUACAAUGCAACUAGACAAAGAAAUCGAACAUCUAAAUGCUCAAAAUGCUUUCUUUUUCUCCUUCCAUUGUACAUUGAGGCGUACGACACGCGGGCUUCUGAAGGUCCUUUUCAAAUGCCACCCACUCUACCACCCACCCCACACACAGCCAACCACUCUCGGCUGUUGUCUCUUUCAUUCUGGCAACGGUUUCGUAAUUGAAAUUUAUUUUUUUAUCAAAAUCUCUCAAACACCGGCACCACCACAUGGUCGUCGUGUGUGUCCACUGCUCACACAGACCAUAGUGGACGCUGUUUGAAGAAGGAAUUUUAGCAAACGAAGAAAAACAACCUCCCCCUAAUAUGUAAGCUUUUUUUUUAUACAUUACAACAUCACUGCAUAAAAACGGCGUGGUGGUGUGUGGUGUCAUCUCGUCAGUGUCAUACGCGUACGGAGCGGGGGAAGAGUGGUACCACUACCACCCCACACUACUCUACCUCUGUCCGUUUGGGAAGUGAGCGAGAUUUUUAAUUAGGUGAUGAUGGUGGCCCAAAUUAGCUUAUAAUUUAAUUUAUACAACAAUUGAGUUUCUCUCUUUCGCAUCGAGACUCUUGCCAGAAUGAGACAGCGUUAAAGUGGUCGGGUUGUCGGGGGUGGAUGAUGAGAGUAGUAUGCUGGUACGAUCAUCCUUCUCUUUCCCGCUAGCAGUAACCCUCUUUUCCCCAUUUACAUUUCUUUACAUGAUUGGGUGUGUGUAGUUGUUUUUUUUUUUUUAAAUAUUAUUAGCAUGUAUUUUUGUUUAUAGAUUAAAUUCCCCCCCUUUUUUCACUAUAUUAUCCCGCUCUCGUGUGUUCCUCAAAAGUGUGUUUUGUAAAACAGCUCCUUAACAUGUGCAAACUAAUUGGCCAAAAAAAACAUAAAGAACAGCCGACAGAGGGGGAAAGGUAGCAACCAAAAAAUGCAAACAACUGAUCGAUACAGAGAGAAAGAGAGAAAGAGAUGAACGGUAGAGAAGGGAAGAACUUUAUGGUACAACAAUACUUCGGUGGUAAACACAAGUUUAGGCUUUAAGAGGGAAGAAGAAAAGAAAAUUGAUUCGACCGCAAGAAGAACAACGGUUUUGUGCAACAGAAAUCAAGACACACACACACACAUAACACAGAAAAAAGCCAGACACAGACAGUGGCGUUGGUAUCGCUCAUGCAAUUUCUGAACGAAUUAUAAGUGUAAGAGAAAACAGAGACUCUCAGUAGUAGUGUGGUACUGCGCGCGGCGUUCGGCGCGGCGGAAACUAGGCCAGGAUACGUUUUAUAAAUAUUUGUAUAGAGAGACAAAGCUUACCGGGGGGGGUUGGGGAGGAAAGCAGAGGAGGAACUCUCUUUCCUCCUUCCACUUCCUCCCCCCUUCCGGUAAACAGUGGUGGUGGUUGUGUGCGGGGCCACGCAUAUAUUGUUAUAAAAGAGCGCGAAAGUGCUUCUAUGUAGUGACAAAAUCGAAACAGCAAAACAAAAACAAAAAAGAAGAAAUUACAAACGCGAGUGAAAGAACAAGGACAUUUUACUCCUUCACCUUUCCCUUUAAACAAAACCUUCCUUUCUCUCUCUAGCCCGGCGCUUUACGUGCGGGAUAGCAUAAGCAGUAGUCUUCACGCGAAAGUGGAAGAAACAAAACCUAGAAAAAGCUAAGAUCAUACACACACACACCAACACCAACACAUGAACAGUCACUCAAAGAUGCAACGGGAUAAAACACAGUCAAAGAAACAGAAGCACUACAUAGUUUUUUUUAGGGUGUGGAGGGAUUAUGGCUAUAGGCAGGGGUCAUAACAACGGAACUAAGCUCUCCUCUCCCACCACCGAGCAGGCCCUAAAACCACCUACCUACCACGGUUCUAUCGUUGUAGAAUUAAAGAAAAGAAAGGGGAGAAGUGCAAGCCACGACCCCCCGCCCUGUGCGAAAAAUCGAUUAUUUGAAUAAAACAAAAUGUCUUCAAUAAAACUUUAAACAAU